AUGAAUGACAGAGACGACGGCUCGUGUGUGUAUGGAUUAAGGCAGCAGGCACGAUGUCUAGCUGGCGUUCACAAUGAGUCAGAUUCUAGUCAAUUCCUGGUCGGCACCACCGGCCCUAAGAAGGACAAUCACUUGCAUCUCCUAGACUUUGAUGACUCGACCUUCACCUUGCAAUCUUCCCUGUAUGGACAUCCACAGGAAAUAUGGGAUAUAGCGACGUGCCCAUUCAAUGAACAUCACUUUUUCACAACCUAUAGUAAUGACGAUGGAUCUCUUGGUUCUUCGUUGUGGCAAAAGGACCCCGCAGAUCACCAGGAGCAAACCAUGUCUUCCAGAUCGGACACAUCCAAAGAUCUCAAGGUUCUCUGGGCUCCUUGUGGCGAGAAGAGCCGUAUAGCCACGGUGUCAGAUACGUCCAUUGCUGUUUAUGCUCUGGAUGCAGGAAACCAUAACGUUGAGAAUAUUACAACAUGGGAAAUUGAGAAUGGGAAGGAAGCGUCGCCUUGGAGUGUGCACAAUGCAAUUUGGAGUAGUCAUAACGAUGAGCUGAUUGCAACAUACGGUUCGACCGUCGCUGGAUGGGAUGUUCGUUCAAACAAGGCCACAUUCGAGAGACAACGGGCACAUGCGUCUAAUAUUCGUUCUGUCGACUACAAUCGUAACAAACCACAUCACAUUGUAACGGGAGGAGACGACGCUGCGAUGCGCAUAUGGGACACGCGAAACCUCACGUCACCGCUAAUGGAGGUCGUGAACCACACUCACUGGAUUCGCUCGGUUGCAUAUAAUAUGGUGCAUGAUCAGUUGAUUCUGUCGUCCGGCUCUGAUACCUUGGUCAAUUUACAAAGCGCCGUGUCCGUUUCUUCUGCAUCCUACAUGGGGAAAACUCUGGACUCAGAUGACGACGAAAGUGAUUCAAGUAUGGAUGAACCGAGAGAACUUCCUACCGAUGGAUUAAUCAAGACGUACGAUCAGCAUGAGGAUAGCGUUUAUUCAGUUGCCUGGAGCCACUCGGAUAUAUGGGUGUUUGCCUCUCUAUCUUAUGAUGGACGUGUCGUUGUCAACCGUGUACCAACAUCAGAAAAGUUCAAAAUCUUGGGCAUUUAA